UUCCUGCAGGUGGUCUUCGAGUGGUUGUGUGUCGGUUUUGCAAGACAUAUCUCACAAAUCGUAGCGAGCUGAUUUCGAGUAGAUUUCAAGGAUCGUCUGGGCGUGCAAUGUUAUUUCACCGAGCCUGGAAUCUGGAUUACUCCGAAGCGCAGCAUCGUGAUAUGAUGACGGGAAAACAUAUUGUCCGUGAUGUUAUGUGCAGAAUUUGCCAUAAAAAAGUAGGAUGGAUGUACGAGUUUGCUAUGGAAGAGUCACAACGCUAUAAAGAAGCUCGUGUUAUUCUUGAAAAAGCACUUAUUGAUGAAGAAGACGGCUUCCCGGAUCCGGCAGGAGCACUCGAAACACAUGAGCAGCCUCCUCCUUUUUUUAUCAACAGAUGCCUCGUAAGUUCUUCGAGCACUGGGGCGGACGAAGGACAUUCUCAUGUGAAAAGUGCGGAACUUAUCUAUCGAAUAGACAGGAAGUCGUAUCUACUCGAUUUAGUGGUAGAGGAAUGCUUAGCGUGGUUGUCUAUACUCUUGCUUACCGUAUGCUAUUUAGGAAGUACCGGUAGAGCGUUUUUAUUUCGUCGAGUUGCUAAUACACGUCAAGGAAGCCCUGUGGUGCGCAAACUGACAACUGGAAAUCAUAUGGUUCGAGAUGUGUUCUGUCUUUGUUGUGGUACCAAACUGGGUUGGUUGUAUGAGUUCACCUGCGAAGUUGCGGAGCGAUAUAAAGAAGGCAAAUUCAUACUGGAACGAAGGCUUGUUCGCGAGACUGAAGUGGCUCACAAUCAACUUGCCGAGCGUGAAUGGCGAUAUUGCACAAGAGCAAUAGCGGGGACGGAUCCGACUGCGAAAACCAGCGACCUAUACAGUGUGACCCGAGGUUCUGGACAAAGCGGCUCAUACGUGAGAAGGCGAUGUGGAAACAGGAGAAGAGAUGCUCACAAUGAAUAUUCUCGGAGGGGAUCCGUUUCCCCUGGAGCCAACUCCGGCGAUGAAUAUGAUGUGGGGUUCAGAGACGAUGCGUUGGAGGCCGAUUUUGCUCGUUUGCUGAAAAGAACUCGUGGUUUUGAGAUAAAGGUAGUGCGAGGUGAUGGAUCCUGUAUGUUCAGAGCUGUAGCGGAUCAGCUAUAUGCAGACCAGGACAUGCAUGGUGAAGUGAGGCGACUCUGCAUGGAUUAUAUGGAGAGAAAUCGAGAUCAUUUCGCUCCUUUUGUCGCCGAAAACUUCUCGUCUUACGUUGCGCGAAAGCGACAGCCUGGUGCGCACGGUAAUCAUGUGGAACUCCAAGCCAUCUCGGAAAUGUUUGCGCGUCCCAUUGAAAUCUACGAAUACAGUGAGAAUCCAAGAAAUGUAUUUUACCCAACCAUAAGGUCACUCGAUGUAAACGUGCCUAUUCGUCUUAGCUAUCACGGUUCGUCUCACUAUAACUCAGUGGUCGAUCCUUUUGCUCCUACGGCUGGAAUCGGAUUGGGACUUCCAGACCUCUACCCUCGUGGAGCUAACAACCUCAGAGAUGCAGUGAAAGAAAGUGAGGACAGAAGUGUAGAACAAGCCAUACUCGAAAGUCAACUCGCCUUGACAGACAUUGAACGGACUGAACGGGAAAUAAACGAGCAGAUCGCACGCGACUCGUAUAUGGAGUACUUGAGUAUGCUAAUGGAUUCUCGUGAUGUCACUGAAAGUCACAUUAGAGAUAACGUUCUAAACGCUACUAAGGAAAGCCAGGAAGCACAAGGAAGCGCGGAAAGACCUCUGUCUAAAUCUACCCUGUAUGAGGAACUACUCGCAUUGGAAGAGUACGGCCCUUGUCCUGCAACUGCAGAAGAAGAAGAUGAAGCAUUGGCUUGUGCUCUUUCAUUGAGUAAGCAGCAAUAUUUGGAAGAACUGCAAUACCGAUAUGGUUCGGGAUCUGAUGAACACAACAUCAACUGA